CACAAAUGCUGUCGAUUGAGUUUAAGUUGUAUUGAACCUGGAAUAUGUCUUUGAUAUCUUAUGUCAAGUAAAUAUAUCUUGUUUUAAGAAUGUUUAGAUAUUUUUACAGGAAAACAAGACAAAAAUGGUAAUUAAGUAAAUUAUUUUUUAGCAGUAAAUGACUCGGGCUCAAUAUUCCAAGUCUUCUGAAGCCAUACAAGAGCUUUUGAAUGAACCAUUAACUUAAGUUUGUUCUUUUCAAUGAACUGGUAAAUCCAGUUAACAAACCUUCACAAAUCGUAAAUUGGAUUUUGAUUUCUGUUUACGGACUCGAGGAGAGGAAGAUUAUUCAUGGGAUAUGACUUAAAUUUUGUCUGUUGUGCAUAUGUUAUAGUAUAACAGAAUACUCUGAAAACAGCAAGAGUCAUGUGGACAACUUUUAUACUGCUUUUUGUGUGUGCGCAUCUGUGUGCCAUUUUUGGAUCUUAAAUUCUUCAUGUUUUUUUGAGUUUGGAACGACUUAAAGGUGAGUAAAUGAUAACAAUCUUAAUUUUGGGUGAAAUAUUCUUUUAAGACUUUAGCUACGUAGCUUCUGUUUGUGCCCUUCUCACCGUUUGCAUCAGAGCUGGUGUGAUGAUGGUGUAAUGAGGUUGCAGUGUCUCAGACCAUCUGGACCUUCCAGGAAAGUUUGCUGUGAAGAUACACUUCUAUCAGCCUGGACACACCAUUUUUCUUCUCUUCACCCUAGACAGCAGGACUCCACUUGACUAGACCGGUGUCUCAACAUAGUAUGCAGGAUUGGAGAUCCAGCCAACCACAGAUGAAAUUAUGGACAUUUUUCGUUUGGCACCAAGGGAAUGCUGAGCGGAAAGCAGGAUGAAGACAAUAAAGUAAUGGUCAGAGAAUGAAGGGAGGGAGGGAGAGAUGGAGACUGAGAGAAAAUAGGCAGCAAGCUGGAGAAAAAAGGGUGAUGUCACUGCCUCUAGACGGCAGCCAAUCAGAGGCAGGGAGAGGCAGUGAGGGAGCCAGAGAGGGUGUGUUUUCCUCGCACUGCAGCAUCAGCAGUGAAGAGAGGCCACAAUCAAUCUGAGGCACAGCAAGAGACACAAGAAUCUUCAGGGACAGAAAAAAACACCAGACGCUCAGAGUUGCCAGAGGAAGAAGGGAACCCGAAGCCGUUUCAAACCUGCAGAGUGAGAGUACGACAGGAGGGAGUGGACCUGUAAGAGACUUAGUAGAAGAAACAGAGUAAGUGAGAGAGCAGCAGAGAAGGAGGUAGAUUGGAGGUCUGCUUUUCUCUGAGUGAGAUUAUCCAAGGUUUUCCUACCGGUUGUGUUUGUGCCUGGAAGCAAGUGCAAUGCCUGCCACGUCACAAGAGCAGGUGGGCAGCAGGGGGCGAUGUGCACCUCUCCUGUUGCCUCUGCUCUCUCUCCUCCUGCUGUUCCUCACUCCCAAGCCUGGGCAAGCCACCAUCAACAUCCCAUCUAAAUACAAAAUUAGAGACUUAAAAAGCCCCCCAGUGAUAACUGCCCAACCACAGUCUGUCACCACCUUUUCAGCAGAUGACAUUACACUCACCUGUGAGGCAACUGGGAAUCCUCCACCCACGUUCCGAUGGGUAAAAGAUGGUGUGGAGUUUGACCCGUCUCAAGACCCUGAACUUUCAGUGUCCAGAGAUUCUGGAACUUUUUCAUUGACUGCCAAGGAUGGACCGAUCCACCAGUACCAGGGCCGUUAUAGCUGCUACACGUCUAACGAGCUUGGCACAGCUGUGUCUAACGAGGCUCACAUCAUCACAGAUAACACUCCCACUUUACAGAAGGAGAAGAAGGUGUCAAAAAAAGUGGAGGAAGGAGAGAGUGUGGUGCUUCCUUGUAACCCUCCUAAUAGCACUGUGGCCCCAGUCAUACACUGGAUGGAUAAGAGACUCAGGCACAUUCAGCAGAAUGAGCGUGUAAUUCAGGGUCGGGAUGGAAACCUGUACUUCUCUCAUGUGACUGAGGCAGACAGCCGUGAAGACUACACCUGCAGCACUCAGUUCCUCAGUGCCCGUAUCAUCGUGCUCAAAGAGCCCAUCAAGCUGACUGUUGUCCCCUCUAAUUCGGUUGUGCGUAACAGAAGGCCACAAAUGAUGAGACCCACUGGGUCCCGCAGUUCCUACCUGGUGCUCAGUGGCCAAAACCUGGAGCUGGAGUGCAUUGUUCAGGGCCUGCCCUCUCCCAAAAUCAAUUGGAUCAGGAUAGAUGGAGUCCUGUCUGAGUCCCGCACUUCCAAAGACAGUUAUGACAGAGUGCUGCGCUUCAAGAAUAUCUCUGAGUCUGACAGUGGCGAGUAUCAAUGUUCUGCCACCAACCUGCAGGGCAUGACCACUCACACCUACAGCAUCACUGUAGAAGCUGCCCCAUACUGGACUAAAGAACCAAAGAGCCAGCUGUAUGUACCGGGAGAUACAGUCAAACUGGAAUGUAAGGCUGACGGCAUUCCCAGCGCUGUGGUCACCUGGAGCAUCAAUGGCAAUCCUCUUACUGAUAUUGACCCAGACCCCAGACGCAGUGUGAAACAUGGCAUACUCACUCUGAAGAAUGUAGAAAUUAGCGACACAGCAGUGUAUCAGUGCAAAGCCGCUAAUAAGCAUGGAACAGUCCUCAUCAAUGCCUAUGUCUAUGUUAUAGAACUACCUCCUAAGAUUCUGACAGAGGACGGCCUCAUGUAUUCAGUGGCAGAAGGACAGACGAUCGAGUUGGCUUGUGAGACCUUUGGCUCUCCUCUGCCUAAUGUCACAUGGGAGUCCUGGGGUGCUCUUGUAGCCAACCCUAGGAUGAGUCAUCUAUCUGAUGGUUCUCUACAAAUCAGUAAUGCCUCUCUUAAUGACAGUGGCCAGUAUACUUGCACUGUCAACAAUAGCAAAAUCUCCAUCACAGCUGAGCUUGAUGUACUCAACAAGACAGUCAUUGUGAAACCUCCAUUGGCUCUGCGAAUCCAGCGGGGCAAACCAGCCACCCUCACCUGUGAGUACCAGGUGGACUCCAGACAGGAUGCCCCUCAAGUCCAGUGGAGGAAGAAUAGACAAAAGCUCUCAGAGUCCUCUGAUUCAGACAAAUACAUGCUAGAUGAAUCCACCCUCAUAAUACCUGAUGUCGAGGAAGAGGAUGAAGGGAUUUAUACCUGUGAGGUCAUCACAACGCUGGAUAUGGCUGAAGCAAGUGGAUCCAUCACUAUAGUUGACCGACCAGAUCCUCCAACCCAAGUCCUGAUGACCGAACCUAAAGAACGCAGUGUGACUCUCAGCUGGACACCUGGAGAUGAUCACAACAGCCCUGUGCUAGAGUAUUUGAUUGAGUUUGAAGAGACAGGAUCUGAAAGAAAGGAAUGGGAAGAACUAACCCGUGUGUCGGGCAGAAAUCGCAGAGCUACCCUUCCUCUGAAGCCCUUCAUUUUUUACCGUUUCCGGGUCAUCGGCAUCAAUGACAUCGGCAAGAGUGACCCAAGCAUGCACACGGAGACCUAUUCCACACCAGCAGCUCCUCCAGACAGCAACCCUGAAGGAGUGCGCAGUGAUUCCAUCGACCCAGACACCCUUGUCAUCACAUGGAAGGAGAUGGACAGGCGUAGUUUCAAUGGCCCUGAUUUUCGCUAUAAAGUAAUGUGGAGAAAGGUUUUGGGCAGUGGUCCUUCCUGGCACACCAACUACACAACCUCUCCACCCUUCAUCGUCACAGAUGUGGGCAACUUCACGGCCUUUGACUUAAAAGUUCAAGCUGUCAAUGAGAUUGGAGAUGGUCCAGAUCCCAAGUCCACCAUUGGAUACUCUGGAGAGGACUACCCUCUUGAAGCUCCACUGGAUGUUGGAGUAGCCCUGAUCAACAGCACUGCCAUUAAAGUGACGUGGGCGACUGUGAACAGAGAGACAGUGAGGGGUCGUCUGCAGGGUUACAAGAUUUAUCUGAUGCACUAUGGCCCUGAAAGCAGACACCUCAGACGGGAGCGUGUCAGGGAGGGGAAGCCAACCAAUGUCUCGGUUGUGACCACGGGCAGUUCGGAGGAGAGGAAAGUUCUAGGAGAUCUGCAGCCCUACUCCCAUUAUGCACUUGCUGUCAGUGUCUUCAACAAUAAAGGAGAUGGACCCCAGUCUGAACCCCUCACUUUCCACACACCGGAGGGAGUACCUGGUCCUCCAUCAUCUCUGAUUCUGGAUAGCCCCUCAGAAACCGAAAUUACACUGCACUGGACUCCACCCACCCAGCCAAAUGGAGUCCUGAUUGGAUACUCAUUACAGUAUCAACAAGUUGACAAUGAAGAUGGUCCUAUGCAGGUAGAAAUGAUUAAUGGCCACAGUGCAUCUCACUUCACCUUAAAAAAGCUUGACCCUCACAGUCGUUACCGCUUCUACCUGCGGGGGCGCACUGCUGCUGGAGAAGGCCUGCCUGUCAUUAGAGAGGGAGCCACUACACUGGAUGGAGGUCCUCCCUCCAACAUUAGCCUAUCGAUUGGAGAGACAUCAGUCAAUCUGACAUGGGUGUCCAAAGAGAGACAAAGAAGCGUGGGUUUCCUUAUUCAUUACCUGAGAAAAGAUGGCAGGGGUAAAUGGAAGCGUUCUGAAAGAGUGAACACCUCUCAGUCCUUCUACAUACUGCAGGGGCUCCAGCCCGGAUCCCAGUACCGCCUGCACUUUGACUUCAGCAACAAAACUUUCUGGGAAACUGAGAUUGAGACAGCGGGAGCAAGAGUCAUGGAGGUGCAGGGUGCUUUUGUCACAGAGGGCUGGUUCAUUGGACUUAUCAGCGCGCUAGUGCUGUUGCUGCUGUUACUGCUCAUUCUCUGUUUUGUAAAACGGAGCAAAGGUGGCAAAUACUCUGUUAAAGACAAAGAAGAAGGCCAGAUAGAUUCUGAAGCGCGGCCAAUGAAUAACGAGGCUUUUGGAGAGUACAGAUCGCUGGAGAGUGACAAUGAGGAAAAGCGGACGGCGAGUCAGCCGUCUCUGUGUGAAGACAGUAAGCUGUGUACCGAUGAUGCACUAGACGACUACCCCAACAGCAACAGCGUGCAGACUGAGGUGAUCAUGGACGACUCACUGGCCAGUCAGAGCAGCGGAGUUCGAGAUGCUCCUGAGACUCAGGAAAGCUCCCCUCUAAAUCCUGCCACAACCAUCUCCCACCAAGGCCUGCCCAACACUGCUGCCCUCCUUGAUUAGAGCUGAGCAUGCCUGAGACCAAAUGUGGAUUCACACACGUGCCCACUUGUUGCAACCCUUCAUGACUGACCAAAUUAUCAACAGUCCACAAUAUUGAGACCUACAAACCAAACAGAUGCCAAGAAAAAAUAGCAGAAGCAUUGCCAGGACUUACUUCAGACAUAAUUGGACCAACACAACACUUUUAACACAGCCAGAAGGAAAUAUUCGACAUAAAACAUACAAGGACUGCCAUGCUCAUUGUUUACAGAUAUUAUCUCUCAUUUUGUGAUUUACGAUAUUGUCGUUUUCAGUUAUACACACACAAGACAAGAAUAUCCCAUGUAACUUCCAGAAAAGACUUCUUUGAUAAUCCAGAUACAAAUAAAGCAGAUGCUGAGCUCUUAUGGCGGAUGCCGAAUCAAAUAUGGAGUUGGAUUCAUCUGUAAUCCUGUAACAAGUGUUGUGGAAGUAGAACAGGUAGAGUGAGAGACUGAGGGCCUUAAAAUCAUGAGUAUGUGCGCUGUGCAAGCAUAUCGACAGCUCAAGCUGGAUAUUGAUUGCAAAAUUUAAUCAACUAAUUGUGUUUUGUGCUUUUCUACCAUUUUGGUUUUUAAAGAAGGCAUCAUUAUUGUUUGAAGACUUGUCUGUGGCAUUUUUUAAAAUUUAUUUUUUAUUUAUUUUUUUACUCAAGAAACUUUCAUGUCGUGCUUUGUCAUCUAUACAUAAUUGAUUGUAAUAUAUUUGUGAUUCAUUAAAAGAUACGUAUCCACAUGCCCUCAGUUAAAAUAACAGACUUCCAUACUGUAAAUAUAUGAGAUGCAAUGAUUCUACGACAUAAGAUCGUUUAUAGCAAGCUGUACAUAAAAGCAUCUAUCAAUUUAGCCAAAUACAGUAUUAUAUCUUCUCUCAUCUCUCCAUUGGUUCCAGUGCCUGCCUACAAAAACAUACUCAACCAGAAAUGUUACCACCACCAGGGAUAAUUCACCUGAAAAUGAAAAUCAUUUACUCACCUUAUGUUGUUCCAAACCUCUUUGAAUUUUUCUUUCUUCCAUACAGGAAAAUGUUAGGCAGAAUGUUGGGGACUGACAGCCUCAGCCACCAUUCACUUACUUUGUAUGGAUAAAAGAUGCAAUGAAAGUGAAUAGUGACUGAGGCAAACAUUCUGUCUAGCAUCUUUUGUGUACCACGGAAGACAGAGAGUCACGCUGCUUUGAAACGACAUGAGGGUGACUAAAUGAUGACAGAAUUUUCAUUUUCGUGUGAAAUAUGCCUUUUUAAGCAUUUCCCACAAUGACAUAUUUGUCUUUUUUUUUUAUUUCAUUUUUUUGAAGUGUAGUAGUCUGUAUUGACAGUCACUCUCUUGCAGUCCUGUUAGUGUAAAGCCAUAAGAAUACACGCGUAAGGUGCGUAGUAAGUUGUGAGGUAGUCAUGAGUUAGAUAGGGUUGUAAGAGAGAACAUUACACACUCAGAGACGUAUAUAAUUUAGUUUGGUUACAUAAAAUGCAAUCAUGUAUGUUCUGGCUUGUGUCUUACUACACAGAGAAUGUAUGCUUUGUUUGGAUGGGAAAUAUGAUUCCAUACCAGUAUACCAAAUAGCAUUUGUUCCUUUUUGCCUUUUGGUUAUUCUGAUUUCUUGUUUGAUAAACAAAUAUAGCAGAAUAUAGCACUGAAAGAAUCUAUGGCAAAUCUGUUUUUUUUCAAGAGAGGGGCACAGGGGAAAAAAAAUCUCCUAAGGGGGUAGUUGACCCAAAAAUGAAAAUCAUUUCAUUCACAUACUCAUUCCUAACCUGUAAGACUUUUAUUGUAUGGAAAAAAGAGCAGAGUCAACAUUCUUCAAAAUUUAACUUGUGUUUCAUGAAAGAAAGAAAUUCAUACAGGUUUGGAACAACAUGAGGGUGAAUAAGUUAUGACAGAAUGUCUAUUUUUUGGGUAACUAACCCCUUAAUUUUCAGAUGAAUGUAAAUAUAACCCAAAAGAUUGUUUAUGAUGUUUGAAUCUUAUGUUUUAGGUUUUGUAACUGUUCGUUUGUUUCAUUUUUGUAACUUUUUUAAACUUUAGAGUAACUUGUUAGUUGUGACAUGAGUGUGGUAGAUAAGUAGUGUAGUGCAUAGUUUUCAAAAACAAAGAAAAAAGUCCUUUGAUAACUAAAUGUUGCAGGUUCUGAUAAAAAAUACAAUUGUAAAAACAGAUUGGAUAAAAAAAAAAAAAAAAGACAAAUCACCAUAACUUUCAUCUAAUUGAAGUAACUGACAAAAUAAGAUCAUGCUCAUAGUUUCCUUAGUUCUGAACAAUGGCAGUAUUGUGUGUGUCUGAUUCAAGUAUAUCACUGCAGUGGCGGGGCAAAAGGAAGGAUGCAGUCAUUGUAUUUGCACACUGCACACACAUACACUCCCAGGGAGCAAUAUGCGUUGAAUCAGAUCUCAGAGACCACUGUUUUUGCAGAGUUAUUCCCAGUCCUUUGGGACAGCUGUGGAGGCCAGACUGCUCUGUUUUUUUUUUUUUCCGAUCUGUGUUAGCUUCCUCCACAAAAGCUGUAUAGAAACACUCAGGACAAAAGUCCCUUAGAGAUCUAUUUUCUUACAGGAGGGGGGAUAGUGAUGCAAAUUAUAUUCAACUCAAUAUUCAUCUGAACUGCUGCUAGUCUUGUGUAUUUUGUCAGUGUCUUGACUGUGUAUUGAGAAUGGAGAUGAACUGACUUUCAGAUAUCCACUAUACUGCCCUCUACUACUGCAAGAGAAUUGAGGGUGCCGCUUAAAGUCAAUAUUAAAUAUAUAUAGACCCUAUUUACUUUCUCAAUACACAUUCUUGAUCUCAUUGUGAACAAUUCAUUGGUGCAUGUUAUUUGAAAGAAAAAAGUCUACACAAUCUUUAAUCAAAAUGUAAUAAAUUGCUCUGACUUUGAAACAACUUUCCUUUUUGGCUGAUAUCACCAAAGCUUUUUAUUUUUCAACCCCUCCCGUUAACCGUUUUUUCACUAUCCAAUCAUAUCUGAUGGAUGAAAUCAAGUCCCGCUCUACAUUUUUUUUUCCCCUUCUGAAUAUCCCUUUCACUUGGAAAUGACACAUAAUGGAAAUAAAAUGGGUUGCAAAUGGCAUUUCAUGUUGACUUUAAGGCUUGAUUAGUGAACAAUUAUUGCCAUUUCUGUUAUUUGUCAAAUGUAUGCAUUGGAGCUCAUAGUCCACUAAAACACAUCUUAAACUGGCUUUAUCUACUGUAGGCUUAAUGCAAAUAUAAGCUUGACCUAAUAGUCUUUUCCUCUUGUAUGUUCUGUUUGUUACUGGAUAUGAUGUGACAAUAAAUGAAGGACCAGAUGUUUAGGAUUGAGUGAGGCUGUUGGACUGUCAUUGGCUGGCCAUACCCCCCUGCAGUGUUUGUGUGUACUACAGCAGUGAAUGGACUGAAGGGGUCUGUGAGGGUGGGCUACAUUAACUAGAUAAUAACUGGAUUAUGCUAUUGUAUCUGCAUCACCAAAUAGCCAGUGUCAGUACAUACUUAUUGAAUAAAAUCAAUGGAAUCAUCUUCA